AUGCCUCUGGCUCACCUUACCCUCACAGUUCGGGAUGUUCGAGCUGCCACUUCGUUCUUUCUCGCUUGCCUGCAACCCCUCGGUUACCAAUUCGUUGGUCGCCAUGAAGAUUACAUCGGUUUCGGGCAAAAGACCAACGAGCCAGCUGACUUUUGGAUAACAGAACAGAAGCCAGGACUACCCGCUGGCGCAGCACAUCUCGCCUUCCCCGCCCCCUCAAGAGAAGCAGUGGGCAAAUUCUUUAUGGCAGCCUUGAAAGCCGGAGGAAGAGUACACGGGGAACCGAAACUGCGCGAUCCCGAAUCCGGGUACUACAGUGCCGCCAUUAUAGACUCUAACGGGAACAGCGUCGAGGCUGUCUACCGUCCGGGCCACUCGUCUGCAAGGUCGGCGGUUAGCUCGUCGAUUGACAGUACUGUUUCUAUUACCACUAAGAGUAGCUCGAGGGCCAGCUCUAGAACGCAGACUACUGUGCCGUCUCGGUCAGAAGCCCGGUCGCAUACGUCAAGGGCUAGCACUAAGGUGGAGAGACCUCAUCCGUCGGAGAAGCCGAGGGACUUGAGAGAACCGAGAGAGUCUAGAGAGUCGAGGGACUCGAGGGACUCGAGGGAUCCGAGAGAGUUUAGAGAAGCCAGGGAGUCGAGGGAAUCCAGGGAAUCACGGGGACCAAGGGAAUCAAGGGAACCGAGAGACAUGAGGGAGUCGAGAGAGCCAAGGGAAUCACGCGGGUCAAAGGAGUCGACUGCUAGCUCGAAUAGCAGACGGGGGAGUUCGACGGCCCAGGCUCAGGCCUAUGCAGCCCAGCAGCGAGAUCACCAGCAGCGAGAGCAACAGCAGCAGUCUGAUGGCAGCAGCCGGGCGGCUAAGACGCUCGUUGGCUCGCUCAUCGGUGCUGCAGCAGGUGCUGCUCUUGCCUAUGCCUGGAGUGGUAAUAACUCUCAGUCGCCAUCGUCGGAAGAUACAGCUUCGCAGCCUACACAGCCCACGCAACCUGCGCAGCCCACCCAGUCUGGUCAGUCCGCACAACAGCCACCCCGCGAACGAACUUACCAACAAGCGCCGUCCUCGCGGUCCUCGUCCCAGACAGCACAGACACUACCUAUCAGAGCCAUCGAGGCCGGCGGCUCAUACUUCCCGCCGAAGCAACCGGAUCCCCCUCGUCCAGGCCUGACCCGCAGCGUCACGUCGAAGAACCCCCGCGCCAGCACCAUCUACGAAGGCUCCGAAUAUGGCGGCAAAUCCGAGGCCAGCCGUACAUAUCUCGACGACAGCGGCCGUCGUGCCUCUGACGGUGGAGCCGCCUUCGGUCUCCCAGACAUUGCAAACCUACCCCUCCGAGCCAUCGAGUAUCCCCCACCUACAUACAGCAAGGCAAACGAACCAUCGCGGGCGAUAGACGACAAACGCAGCAUGUACUCCGCCUCCACAGCCCGCCCCUCCAACGCCAGUUACCAAUACCAAUACCAGGACGACCGCGACCGCAACCGCGACUCCGCCUACGCCCUCUCCCACUCCAACAGCAACAACAACAAAUACAAUCCCAACAGCACCGCCUCCCGCACCCCCCGCAACAUCCCUCUUCCGGACUCAAUAGCCUCCUACCGCCCCAGCAACGCCAGCGGCAGCGGCACAGACACCGGAUCAUACACAUCCGCGCGCGGCGCCCCCCUCACAGAAGGCUCUCUCGCAUCUUUCCGCAGCAACUCCACAGUCCCCAUCCCUGAAAGCGUGGUGAAUGUCGACGUCGACACAGACGUCACGCCGGAUGACUCGGUGAGCCAGAUUUCGUCGAACGGGCACCGGUCAAAGGCGAUGCCGAGGCAGAUGCCUGCGCCUGCACCUGCGCGGUCUGGAGUUUCGGCGUCGGCGCUGUCGAAGCGGUCGAGUCGGUUUGAGGAGCCGGUUAGACCGGAUGAUAGUAUUAGUCAGGUUUCGUGUAAUUCGAGGUCGACGGCUAGGGCUGGUGGUGGUGAGCGGAGGAGUCAAGCUGUAUAG